AUGUCCAGCCUAGAACUCUUUCCCGGCUGGGCGGACGACAACGACGACGACGAGAAUAACGACAACGCUGCCCGUCCGGCGGGCCUGAUGGCGACGGCAGAGGCGGUGGACGAAGAGGUGACGGCGACGGGUGGCAGAGUGCCGCGCCGCGCGAGGCUCAGCAAGAACAACCCGCAGGUUAAGGCGUACGCGCAGAUGCUCGAGUCGCAGCAGACGCAGAUCGCGUCGGAAGUCGGUGUGGGGACGGACAAGAUGGCGUACAGACCCAAAGCCAUUUCUGAGUCAACUCGAAUAUCCUUUCUUACUCGUCCAAUGGCUUCGCAGCGGAGCCUGUUCCCAACCCCCAUUUCCCCCGGCCUUCCCUCUUUCCCGCAGCGCAGCUACAAGUAUUCGUCCAACGGCUUCUCGGCGAAGCAGCUGCGAGUAGUCAACGUGCAACCCCUCUUCACGCUCCAUCACCUCCUCGCCUUCUCUCCCGCCACCCCUUUCCCCCCGCGCAGCUACAAGUAUUCGUCCAACGGCUUCUCGGCGGAGCUCACGGUGGAGCAGCUGCGGCGGCUGAAGCGCCACCCCGCCGUGGCGUCCGUGCGGCCGAGCGCGCGCAAGCGCCUCUUCACCACCGAGUCGCCCACCUUCCUCGGAAUGAACAGCGCCGGGUCGCUCUGGCCCGCGAAUGGCGGGCAGGCGAAGGCGGGCGACGGCACGGUGGUCGCAAUCGUCGACACGGGCAUCUGGCCGGAACACCCGUCGUUCAGCGACGCGGGAUUCUCCUCGUCGCGGCCCGCUGGAUGCGCGGCAGCGGGCAACAAGGGAGUGCCCAUGGCGGGCGGCAAGGCGAGCGGCAUGGCGCCAGCAGCGCGCCUCGUGGCCUACAAGGUCUUUUGGUCGAACGGCGAGGACAUGUGGGCGGAGGAGGCGGACAUCAUCGCAGCCGUUAAUCAGGGCGUGGCGGACGGUGUGGAUGUGAUCUCGCUCUCCCUGGGCGCCGUGAACCCCGAAGACACCUACUUUGACGACAUCGCCUUCCUCAACGCCAACCUGGCGGGAGUGGUCGUGACCUUUGCGGCGGGAAACGACGGUCCCCCCCAAGGAUACCGCUCGCUCGACAACUACGCGCCCUUCUACCUCACAGUGGGCGCCAGCACCAUCGCCCGGGGCGGCCUCACUCUCGCCAGGUCAGCAAGCAAAUCCAG